AGUCGAGAAAUGUAUCUCAAUUGGAGUAGAAGUAUAUUUAUUACACAAGAAAUAUUUUAAUUAUGCACAAACAAGAUAUAAAAAGUGUUUCAUAUCACUAUACAACGUAUAAAGAAUUUAUUAAAAGUUACUUGUGGACGGAGAAAAUCAUCUUAUUUCUCUUCUGAAGUUUCUACCAUCAAAAGUUGAUUUUAGCAAUAAAAGGACAAUAACCUUUAAUUAACAUGGAACCAGGAACAUUAACGAAAGUUUUAAACGAUUUUUUUACAACAAAAGAUGGAGAAUUGAGUCUCAAUAAAGGGGAUCAUUUUUUGAUCUUUAAUAAUGUCGACAAGCAUUGGUGUUAUGGACAAUCGGAUAAACAAACAGGGAAAUUUCCAGUGAGCCACUUAUUAAAAGUUAAUACACCAGUUGUGGACGAAUCGGCAAAUUUAUUUAUAUCAAUUGCUUCAUUCUCCGGCGAACAAUCCGGUGAUCUUCCAUUUGCAAAAGGAGAAAUUAUUGUGGGAAGAAAUGAAGUACAACCAGGCUGGUAUUCUGGUUAUACGGAUUCAAGAAAAGGAAUAUUUCCAACUACUCACGUCUGGGAACUUAAUAAAUCAAUAAUUAAGCAACCGACGAAGAAAAAAUCGAUUCAAAGAAAAGCGAAGGUGAAAACGUCAAUGAAAGCUCAACUCGAUGAAGAAUUAGACCUAAUAGAGGGGGAUAUUAUCACUGUAAUUGAACUUGUCGAAGAUGGAUGGUGUCUUGGAGUGACGAAUGACGGUCAAAAGGGCACGUUUCCCGAGGCUUUCGUAACCUACAUCGAUGAUAAUAACAGCAUUGAUGAGACGGAUGAGAUAAAUAUUAACCCCACAAUAGAUCCCUUGCCACAAUCAAUACAAAAUGGUGCCCACAUUUACAAGGACUUUGGAGAAACUUCCGCCAAUUCGUUCUCAAUGAAUGAACCGGCACCAAACUAUUUUGAUCUCUUUCCCGAGAAUAUUCCACAAAAUACUGAAAGUCUUCCCGAAUCUCAAUCAGCAUCAAAUUGCGUCGAUGAAAAUCCAAAUCCACUGGGCGUUGAUCCCUAUGCAAUAACACUUUAUCCCUUCAACGCUCAAUUUCCCAAUGAAUUAAGUUUUGAGUCUGGUGAAGUUGUUAAUUUGAUAAAGUACAUCGAUUCCGAGUGGGCUGAGGGUGUUAUCGAUUCAGUUAAGGGAAUAUUUCCCGUCUCGUACGUCAAUGUUAUUGUUGAUUGCAUUAAAAUGAAGGAACAGGAAACACACUCUGAGGACGACACUUUUCCGAGGCAGGAAAAUAUUUUCGAACCUGAAAUGUCAGCUAGGGUGGAAUACACAUUUAAGGCACAAAUGGACGGUGAUUUGAGUAUCGAGGAAGGUGAUCAUGUCCGAAUUGUGGAGGUUGUCAAUGCUGAUUGGAUUAUUGUUAGAAGUAAGGAGGGAAAAGUUGGUUCGUGUCCAAGUUCGUAUUUGACGCCCUUGACUGAAUCAACGACAGAAGGAUUUGGCGAGAGUGUCGAAGAUUUUGUUGUGAUAAGAAAUCAUGAGAUCGAUGAUAUUACAGAGGAGUCGAAAGAAGUGAAAAGAUUGUCCUUGCCACACAGACCAGCGCCACCGGCACCUGCGCCAGGACGUGUUCCCAUUCAAAAAUCGAACAUUCCCGACGACGAGGUUGUCACCGAAAAGGAGAAGAGGGCCGAUAAGCGACAAAAUGUUAUUUCGGAAUUGGUUUUAACCGAGAAGGAAUAUGUCAGGGAUUUGAAAGUCACAUAUGAGACUUUUAAUUUACAUAAUCCGUCUUUUCUGGAAAGUAGAGGAAUCGAUGUGUCAACGUUGUUUGGAAAUAUCGAAGAGGUUACCCGAGUUGCCGAGGAAUUAUUGGAUUUGAUUUUAAAGUCCAUGAAAGAUUGCGAGGAGGAGUUGCAAACAGUUGGUCCCUGCUUUGUCGAAAUGGCAGAGAAAAUGCAAAACGCCUAUGUUAAAUAUUGUACUAAUCAUGAAGCAGCUCAAGUUCUUCUACAAAAGUAUGCAGAAAAUAAGGAUAUUAUGGUGGUUUUUGAUAAAGGAGUGGAAACCCUGCGACGGCAAGUCAUCUGCUUUGAUAUGGAUUCUAUUCUAAUAAAGCCAGUUCAAAGAAUUUUAAAAUAUCCAUUGUUGCUGAACGAAUUAAUCAAGAGCACAGAAGAAAAUCAUCCCGACAAACCAACAUUGGAGGAAGCGUACAAUUCAAUGUCGAAUGUAGCAAAAAAUAUCAACGAAUCGAAAAGAAGAAAAGAUCUCAUCGCCAAAUAUUGGGAGACUAAUAAUACCCUAAAAGAUAAAUUUUCCAAACUUACAAUGCAUUCUGUUUCAAAAAAAUCGUCGAGAUCAAUGGCAAUGCUCUCUUAUUCACUAGGAUCGACUAAUCUUACGCCAGACAAUGAUUAUGAGGAUCUAACGAAACAAUUAAAAACAUUGGAAAUAUGCACAAAACAAUUGGGAAGAGAUGUACAGCAAUGUGUCAAUUUUCUGAACGAAGAAAUAAUAUGCAGUGAAGUUUUAUCCGAAUUCUUGAAUCAUUAUCAUCAGGGAACGCCAAAUAAGGAAAUAUAUGAAUUGUGUGAAACACGUGCAAUAAUUAAGAACAAAUUUCUACAAGAUCUAGAACGUACUGUUGAGACACGAGUGAAAAAGCCUUUGAAUACUUUAAUAACACUUCUCAAGGGACCAGAGAUUUUAAUUACAAAACGUUAUCACAAAAUGUUGGAUUACGAUAUUGCGAUAUCGAAAAGUGAAAAAUAUAAGGAUAACAGAGCGGUUCAAGAAGAAUUGUCGAGUGCGAAAAAUAAUUUCGAGGCCCUACAUCAGCAAUUAAAGGAGGAAUUGCCAAUUUUUAUUGAAGCCAGCACUCAAAUUUUAUGCCAUUGUAUUAACGCUUUUGCCAAUGCCCGAAUGCUUCUCAGUGGACGAGUUAUGCAUAAAUACAUGCAACUAUCACAGUCUGCUAAUCAAGUUUCCUUAAAAAACAUUCUCGAAUCAUUUAUGGUGAACCACAAUUUACUCUACAAUCAAAUGAGUCGUUUAAAAUCGUCAUCAUCGUCGUCAAGUUUGGAUAUUGACGAGGGACCAAAUAAACUAUCACCCCAAAGUGAAAGACUGAAACUUCUUUUAAAAAACAAAUAUCCAUUACAAAAAUUAUUUAUUGUGAUUGAAAAUAUUGAGGGAGCAACGCCAUUGGAUUUAUCGGCAAUUAAAGGAACGUGGGUCGCAGUGAUUAAGGAGAAAGAUCCCACUGGAGAUGUUUCCAAAUGGUUUGUCGAUAAUGGCGCAAAGCAAGGAUUCAUUCCAAGUCGUUGUUUAAAAUCAUUGCGAAAUAUGCAACAGGGUAAUCAAAAUUCAAGUGACAGUCAAAAUUCAACGCCUGAUUUAAUUUCUCUAGAAUCACCAGUGAAGGAAUCCAAAUCGAAAACUGAUCGAAAUUCAUCGCAAUCUAAUUGGUACAUGAAUCUAGAGUCGACGUCAUCAAAUGUUAAUGCAAAUUAUAAGAAUACCGUUGAAUCGGGGAAAUUUCUCUACGCUUUAUAUGACUUUAAUGGAAAGCAACAAGCGACAUUGCCUGUUGUUAAAGGUCAGGCAUUAAAAUUAAUUGCACCGCAUGAUCAAAAAGGAAAUGAGGCAUGGUGCCUGAUGGAAAAUCGAGACGGUGAGAGAGGAUAUGUUCCUCGUAAUUAUAUGGGCCCUAAGGAAUUAUUACUAUUAAUGAACUAGAUUUUGUACAUAUGAAAACAAUUUUUAAAUCGUGAUUUGCCAUUUCAAUAAUGUGCCUCAAAUUUUUUUUUUGUAUAAAUAUCUUUAAUCUUUUUUUAAAGACACCGAACUGAUAGUUUACUUGCCUUUUUCUAUUUUUACAAAAGAAUUUUGUUUUAAAAGAAAAGAAAUUUUUUAAAUAGUUAUAGUUAUUGAUAGUUUAUAGAAUGCAGAUUUUAAAAGAAUUUUUUUAUCUAGUUUCAAAACCAAAGUAUUAUUGUUGUGUUAAUAUUAAAAGAUUAGAUCUAUAGAGAAUUUAAAAUUCCAUUGUAUAUAUUUAUUACUGUUAUAAGAAAUUGUUAGUAUUUUUUUUAAUGUUGUCACUUGUGUUUGUGAUUUUAAAUUCAAAGAAAAGAAAAAGUCACAUUUUUAGCAAUAUUUCGAAUAAGAACUCUUUGUACGCGUUUUUUUUCAGAUCUUUAAAAAUAUUAUACUAUCUGUGAUAAGCAGUUUCCUUUAAAGUUAAAAAAAAAUUUCACAAGAGAUAUAUUUUAGAAUAUUUAUGAAAAUUACUGAAAUUGUAUUGUCACGAUGCUCCACAAGUUUUGAACGUUCAAAAGAACGAAAUUUUAUUUUUUUGCCAAUAUAAAUAUUUUCAAAAAAUAUAAUUUAACUGACUGUUAUAAAAAGCAAAAACAAAAUAAAUUAUUUUAAUUGAUUUUUUCAAUAAAAUUUAAAGAAACAAAUUUCAUUCAUUGAAACGUUCAAAACAUUAGGAACAUUUGUCAUGAUUAAUUUUAUUCUCUAUUGUCUUUAUUUAUCAAUUGAUUUUAAUAUGUAUUUAUUAUAUUUAAGAGAAAUUAUGUCAUUUGCAGAAAAAUGGUGAAACUCAAAGUAUAUUUUUUAUCAAGAUCUUGUAAAAUUGUAAAAUAAAUCAUUUUUUUCUGAA